CUCUCUCUAAAUAGAUGUUCUUUCCUCUCCCAGAACUUCACCUCUUCUUCCAAGAUUCUUUCCUUCUUCAAUUCCCAAUUCUUUAAUCUUCAAACCCCAAACUCUAAAAAAUCACUUCAAUCUUCUACACUCUCUCAUCAUCAUCAUCAACAACAUGUCUGAUCUUUCUAUUCUCUUCUUCUUUUCAUUGAUCUCCAUUGUUACACUAGUCCUUUCUCAACCUUCUCCACCCGAAGGAAUUCUCAUUGACUGUGGAGCUCUGAACACUUCAACAAUCGAAGGUCAACAAUGGGUACCUGAUACAGAUUACAUCUCAGUUGGCGUAUCAAAAGCUAUAGAAAUCCCCGAUGUUCUUCCGAUUUUGUCAAAUGUUAGAUCGUUUCCUUUAACCGGUGGUGGAGGUGACCGGAAACAGAAGAAAUUUUGUUAUAGCAUACCAGUAUGGAGGAAUUGGAAGUACUUGAUUAGAACUACUUACUAUUACGGAGGUGUUAAUGGCGGUGACUUUGAUUUACCACCAGUUUUUGAUCAGAUUGUUGAUGGAACAAUCUGGACUGUUGUUAAUACCACCGAGGAAUAUGUUCGAGGCUUAUCGUCUUAUUAUGAAGGGGUGUUUGUUGCUAGAGGAAGGUCAAUGAGUGUUUGUAUUGGUGUCAAUACUUAUACUGAUUCUGACCCUUUCAUUUCUGCUUUGGAAGUUAUUGUUUUAGGAGAUUCUUUGUAUAAUACCACUGAUUUUACAAAGUAUGGUUUGAGUCUUGUUGCUAGGAACAAUUUUGGAUAUGAGGAUUCCAUUGUCAGAUUUCCGGAUGACGCGUUUGAUCGAUAUUGGGAACCAUAUGGGGACAACAACCCUAUCAUACAAAGUGUUAGAAAUGUGUCGUCUUCUGAUUUUUGGAAUCUCCCACCUUCGAAUGUGUUUGACACUGCGCUGACAACUGACGAAGGAAAGCCUAUGGAAUUACAAUGGCCUCCAGUAUCUCUUCCAAAAUCCCUCUACUAUGUUGCUCUAUACUUUGCAGGCAGUCGGGAUGCUACUUCGAGAAGUUCAAGAACAUUUGACGUAGAUGUAAACGGAAUUAAAUAUUAUCGCAAGUUGAAAGUUACUCCAUCUGGAGUUGUUGUAUUUGCAACUCGCUGGCCACUCUCUGGUCUUACAAACAUAACUCUGACACCUGCCGCUGGAUCAAAAGGUUCACCUUUGAUCAAUGCCGGGGAGAUUUUUAGCCUACUUCCCCUUGGAGGAAGAACUAUUGCGCGAGAUGUAAUUGCUUUAGAGGGAGUGAAAAGUAGUCUUCAGAAUCCCCCUGCUGAUUGGAAUGGUGAUCCAUGUAUGCCUCUCGGUUAUUCAUGGACUGGAGUUACAUGCUCCUCAAAAAGAAAUCGUAUUCGCGUAACAUCUUUAAACUUGUCAAAUAUGGAUCUUUCAGGAACAAUAUCCCCUAGUGUUGCCAAUUUGACUGCAUUGACUAAAAUCAUGCUUGCGAACAACAACUUAACGGGACCAGUACCAGAUCUCAGUUCUUUAAGGGGGCUGCAGAGAUUGCAUUUGCAGAAUAAUCAGUUAACUGGAACAAUUCCUUCGUCUUUUGGGGCUAUUGGCAGCCUCCGUGAACUAUUCAUUCAGAACAACUUCCUGACCGGUCAAGUUCCAAGCAACCUUAAGCAAAAACCUGGAUUGCGCUUUAGGUUUUCACCUGGAAACAACUUUUCGUCUUCAUCACCUUCUUCCCGAACAUAGUUUGUACAUCCCAAAGGAAAACUAUUUAGUUGAUGUAGUUACAUUAUCUUGAUGCGUCCUGGGAACUUCACUGACUUAUAAUCCACUAUUUUCCCAAGUAUCAUCUCCACAACAUGUCUUCUAGGAAGCUGAAUGUUACAUUUGCAGGCUAUUUUUUUGUUGCUAAGCUUUCGCUUUGCUAGAGAACCAAAUUUUUCAUCGGCCUACUGGUUGUGUAUAUGUGUCGCGCUAUUACCUCCUGAAUUUUUCUUUUGGUGUUGCAUAUAUAUUGUAUUGUAAAUGUAUGUUUGGAAAAAUAUUAUUUGAAAUGGGUGAGAUUGAUAUGCUUCAAAAGACAUUGUUUUCUGAUCCU